AUGUGCCAUGGCACGAAUCUCCUCAAACAUACCGCCCAUGGGCAUCCACACUUGCGGCAAUUCCAGCUAUCGACUGACCAUCAAAGGCUGCUCUGGUACUCAGCAGGCCCCGAUCGUAAGGAGUCCGUCAUGGCUCUCUCUGAUGUAUGUGAACUCAGGCUCGGCCAACAGACCUCGACAUUCCUCCAAUACGAUACCUGGUUGACUGGUCUCAAAGCUCUCCUCUGUGCACAGUGCAACCGUACGAACAUUGUCGCUGCUACACAACUUGGCGUGCUGAUGGAAGAUUCAGGUACCAUAUCGAAGGAACAACUAUUGGCUCAUUCGAGAAGGUUCAGAGAAGCCUUGAAGCAGGAUAAAGCUGGGGUGAAGGUAUCAGUAUGA